CAAAUGCCAUAGCAACCGAGCGGUCGCCUCUUUAAUGAACCGCUGCCGUAGACAUUAUUUUCAUGCGCGAAUGUGGAGUUAGCAGAAGGCUGUGCUGCAAUAGCUGGAUAUUGAACACCACGAUGUGCUCCUGAAGAAGAGUUGCAAAGCAAUGAUGUCAUAGUUUUAAGCAGGAGCCACGGGAGAGCAUAUGGUUCGUACCCGCUACCGAAAGGAAGUGUUGCUUUGUUAUGAGCAGGCGGCGCUGUAGCUGGCGGAAGAGGAGGUCGCCCAGCCCAGUGUCUCUUCGCCUGGAAUAGAGAAGCCGAGGAGAAGACGCGAAAACGGUGAAAAGACAAAGCUGCUACAAUGGCCGCGAAAUCCGACGGGGUGCUAAAGAUGAAGAAGAGCGAUGUAGCAUUUACGCCUUUGCAGAAUUCGGAUCACUCGGGUUCGGUUCAAGGGCUCGCUCCGGGAUCGCAGCCGGAUUCUGGAACCGGAGAUGCGGACUUUGUCAAUGGGGAGUCGCGGUGCUGUGGCUCAAAUUCGACAUGUCUCCGCCUCGGCAGGGAGCAGCAGAAAUACACGGUCUGGGACUGUCUGUGGAUCCUCGCCGCAGUGGCGGUGUAUUUCGCGGAUGUGGGCACUGAUAUUUGGCUUUCGGUCGACUAUUACCUCCGCCGCGACUACUGGUGGUUCGGGCUUACGCUGUUUUUUGUGGUGCUCGGCUCGUUCUCCGUGCAGGUCUUCAGUUUCCGCUGGUUCGUCCAUGAUUUCAGCACCGAGGAGAGCUCCGGCGGUGGCGGCGCGGCGAGCUGCUCGCACAUGGACGGGAAGCUGCUCAGCUGCUCCGCUUCGCACGGAGACGUUGGAGCCCACCCGUCUACGCCUCAAAGACAGGCGUCCACGGCGAGCAAGAGCAACACCACAAGCAACAGCAGCAACAGCGCUACUGCAGCCCGGACUAGUAAGACACGCUCAUCGUCCUGUUCCCUCUGUAUCUGGCUGUUGCAGUCCGUCAUGCACAUCUUACAGCUCGGACAAAUCUGGAGGUACUUCCACACCAUCUAUCUGGGCAUUAGGAGCAGGCAGAGCGGAGAGAAUGACCGCUGGAGGUUCUACUGGAGGAUGGUGUACGAGUUUGCUGACGUCAGCAUGCUCCACUUACUGGCCACAUUUCUGGAGAGCGCACCUCAGCUUGUGCUCCAGCUCUGUAUCAUCAUACAGACUCACAAACUCCAGGCUGUGCAAGGGAUGACAGCGGCUGCUUCUCUGGUGUCUCUGGCCUGGGCUCUGGCCUCCUACCAGAAAGCCUUGCGUGAUUCCCGCGAUGACAAGAAGCCCAUCAGCUACCUUGCCGUCAUCAUCCAAUUCUGCUGGCACUUCUUCACCAUCGCCGCUCGUGUAGUGACCUUCGCUCUCUUUGCCUCCGUGUUCCAGCUCUACUUCGGCAUCUUCAUCGUGCUGCACUGGUGCAUCAUGACCUUCUGGAUCGUACACUGCGAGACCGAAUUCUGUAUCACCAAGUGGGAGGAGAUCGUCUUUGACAUGGUAGUGGGAAUCAUCUACAUCUUCAGUUGGUUCAACGUGAAGGAGGGACACACCCGCUGCCGUCUCUUCAUCUACUACUUCAUGAUCCUGCUAGAGAACACGGCCCUGAGCGCGUUGUGGUACCUGUACCGCUCACCGCCCAGCACAGACGCCUUCGCCGUGCCCGCUCUGUGCGUCAUCUUUUCCAGCUUCUUCACUGGCAUCGUCUUCAUGCUCAUGUACUACGCUUUCUUCCAUCCCAACGGGCCGCGCUUUGGUCGUUCGGCCAGCCUGGUCCAGCUCGAGGACCCCACCGCUACCUUCACGCUGCCCCCCGAGGGCGCCACCAACUCCCUGCGCUCCAACCGCGGAGGUACGCUAGCCAGGGACGCUGAUCGCGAGGCCAAGUACAGCGAGAGGGACGGUUGCGUACCCGUCUUUCAGGUGCGGCCCACCGCACCCUCCACACCUUCCUCCCGUGCCCCGCGCCUGGAGGAGACAGUCAUCAAAAUAGACUUGUGCAGGAACCGCUACCCUGCCUGGGAGAGGCACGUACUAGACAGGAGUUUACGUAAAGCCAUCCUGGCCAUAGACUCGUCUCCGACCCCGCCGCGCCUCCAAUAUAAAGACGACACAUUGGUCCAAGAGCGUCUGGAGUAUGAGACCACCUUGUAGCCUGCGCUGUGGAAACACACAAACAUUAACACUUUACUUUCCACUUGAAUAAACAGCAGGACUGUGGCAAUAACGUUCCUUGCAUACAAAGCAUCUAGUCAUGAUGUUGAUUGUCAUGGACAAGCAAAUCUAGGCACAACAUAUUUGUGGAUGAAUUAAAUAAUCAAUCUUUUUUAAGCCGUUCUCUCGUUGCUUUUUAUUUUGUAUUACUUCUGUCUUGUCAGGGAAUAUCUGGGUUUCUAAAAGUCAUUGCACUGGCUGAUAUAGACCACAAACCCCUCGGUCCUCCUCAGUGUUGUACAGACCUUCAUUCCCAGAGUUGAUCGUCCUCGAGCCGACGUCUCCAAGAGGACAUCCAGAACACUUCAUAGUUUGUCUCUUGCAGCAAAUGCAAAACAAAGGCCUUUCCCUUUGAAACCAAGCAUCCAGUGCAGACAAACCAACCGACUACCCACCGCACUGGAGAAACAGUGGUCCAAAUAUCACAUUGAUGGUACACAAAUAAAAAAAAAUGGCUGAUUAGACUCGACACGUCCUUGUUUAGGGUGCUGUAACCUAUUAGUAAUGUUUCAUCAGCAGUUCUGUACCAGUGCCAAACGCUCCACUCACACUGACUCCACGCUGAACUGUGGCUCGACCACAUAUUGUAUAUAUAAACAGGGCAGCAUUUCAACCAUCUACUUGAAUCCUGUACAAAGAAAAAAGACGAGAAAAGAAAGUAUGCGAUCAUCACAAGAGUCCAAGCCACUUGGGACAACAAAACAGGGAGAACACACACUCGUUUUUGUCUUCGAGAGAAGACAAUAGGCCAAGAAAACACUUCCUGGCAGCUCCCUUUGGCGAUCCGACCUCAUUCACCUCAUCGCUGUGGGCUGACAAGGAUCCGUUUGGUUCACAGCAAAGUGGGGGGCAAAGACCAUCACAAUUCAUACAGUGUCCGCCAAACUGUACUCGACAGAACCUGGAUGCGCGUCAUCUUCUAGGUUAAAGAUACAGUGUUCUUCUAGGCUGGGUCAAGUUUUGGUGUGUCUGUAUCGGUACAGUAAAAUAAGUUAAAGGCGCACAAAUAGACUAUAAAUGGGGUCACUUCUCAACACAUCUGGAAAGCCGGCGAAGUGUACUAUUCCAAACUCUGCAGUGUAAUCAAGACUUUCUCCAUCAGGCUCUUCAAUUGCCAACUCACGGUCUACAAAUCAAAUGGUCAGGGAUAAGUAGUCUGCCACAGAGUACAGACUAGCUAAUGUGCUCCGAAUGACGCUCCGGGCCCUAUGGUUCAACAAAUCACAUCUGCCUAAAAGAGCACUGUAUCUUUAAAUCAGCCAAAAGCAUCCUUUAUAUAUGAAAGUGUUGGAGUUUUAAACUUUCCGUUCAGUUGCAAGUGCUUCUUUGUGUCUUUAUGUCGAAUAUCCGAAGGAGAUGUGGAGGUGAGGAAAAAUAAAAAAUAAAUAGAAAACAAGCACAAAACAUGUCACAGGAAGGAGUCUCAGAACAAUAAAGGAUUUCUUUACACUUACGUUGAGAGACAAGGUGAAAUUUUACUGCGACAGAAGCUAGAUGUGCCUGUUGUGGAUAGUUUGCGAUUUUGAAAGUGUGGGAAAAAAUGUUUUAUGUGUAACUUUUUAAUACUCUAUUUUCUUUGUUUUUCUUCUUUGGUUUUUGAUGGAUUUUAAACGUGUCUUACAAAAUGGUUGAUUUUAAGGUGCACAUUAUUUUGCUUAAUGCCAUUUGACAGUGUGGAGAUGACUGAUCUAGGACGGUUAGAUUCGUUUUGCUUCAGUUGGUCAUAUCUGAACUGUAAUUUGUAGCUUUGAAACACUCCUGAGGUGUUGUAACGUCCUACCAUUGGUGGCAAAUAAACUGAAAGCAUAGUUGUUUUAGCCUGCAGCAAUCUGCACAUUUGCAAAUAAAAUUGUUGCAAAUAAAAAAAGAAAAUAGAACAGAAAAAAUUAUUUAGAUGAGAUUGUAUGAAUCUACGUAGACCUGUAUAUUUAAGCUAUUUUGCUACUUUCCUAUCUUGUCAGCAUUUUUUCCCCCAAUGUGUCUUAUACUUUAAUUUCUCUGUGUGAUGGAUGAUGAUGAUACUUUGUCUCUUGGCAAAAUUUUCCAAACAGCCUUCUAAAAGAGUCCCCUGUAGUCAGAGCACAAAAAACUUGUGUUAGCACACUAAUUAGGCAAUUUUCAGAUUUAAAUUGCUGCACCACCUACACAAGACCAUUUUUGAAGGAAGUCGAGUGAUGUAUCGCACACCUCUGCGAUAUUACGUAUCCAUCGUUUUCAAAAGCAUCCUACGUUUUUUUUAGCUUUUCCAUAAAUACCAUGAUAUUUUUGUUUCAGUGAUACCCCAAGCACACUGCGUUUUGGUUCAUCUGAUUAAGAUGAGCAUCCUAAUGGCAACACUUGCUGUGUCUGUGAGUUUUGGUGACAUUCUCCUUUAUCAGGUGCAAGGCCUCAAUAAUUUUUUUUAAUGUUGAAAUAUGACAUGAAUUUAAAACACUCAACAAAGUGAUGCAUUCAGCACACGCAGAAUGAAUCAAGGCCUUUUCACAAAAGGCUGUGUAGAUGUUUGGAGAUGCGGAAUAGCCUGUUUUGAUGGCAUAUUCUCCACAUUAUUAAUGAUAAUACUAUUAGUCAAAAAGAUUGGAGAAGUCCUGCAUACGUCACAAGAGAGAAGUCAGUCGUGGAUGAAUUGCUUACAAUAAGAUCUUUAACAUGUAUUUAGAAAAUAGAGAGUGUGGAUUUUAAUAUUCACUGUAACAAUAAUCUGGCAGGGGGUUGGAAUUUAGCCCAACACGUAUCAAGUAAAAGCUAUUCACUCAGUUUAUGUGCAUAGGUAGACCUACGUCUUAACAUUUAAGCUAAUCAUAACGUUACAGCUAAACUAUGUAUCUUUAUUUUGCACUUCUAGUUCUAUUUUUCUAUCUGGGUUUUUAUCAAUUAACCUAGAGAUAUCAUAGUCAACCAUUUCUUCGCUCUGGAAAAACUUCAUACCUGUAACCUACCUCAAAGCGGUAUUUUAAACAGACCACUCUCCAGCUCUAGUUGUUGAUGUGGCUGACAUGAAGGAAUUUAUUGUGAUGGAGUCCCGGUGGAUGAGCCGAGGAGUUGAAGGCUGCUCUGUUUAUUACCGGUACAUCAGUAGAGCCGAGUUCAAAAGCAGGACUUAUUUUACAACUUUUCACAGCAGGAGAACAUUCAAUUCAUGCAAGCUGAUUCUGUUUUAUUUGCCUUAAACAAUGCUCGCCUUUUUGUGGAUUCAUUAUCUGUAAGUGACAUUUUCUGUUUGUUUCUUUUGGUUUAGUUUUAGUCAUGCACAUGAUUGCUGUCAUGCUAGUGUGAUGACGUUGCAUUAUUGAUUAGCGUACUUACUGUGCUCCCUGUUGAAAAAAA